AUGCAGGGGAAGAAAGUUGUGAAAUUAUCCAAUAGACGGGGAAUGCGGGACUUUAAUAAUGCACUGGGGGAUUUCAUUCAGGUAGAAAUGGUAGUUGGAAAUGUUAUAACGACGGAAGCUAUCCAGGAGGAUCAUUUGAUGCAGAUAGCUCGACAAUACUGGACCCCUUAUACAUCUCACAGUCGUGCGUUUGAUCCGAAUUUAGUUGAUACAAUUUACGAAAAUGAAUUAGUGCAGAAUCUUUUCAUACAGAAGAAAGUCAUCGUGCUGGAAUUCAGUCAGUACCUCGAGCGUUAUCUCUGGCCGAAUUUCAUUGCAGAAAAGGCCAGUAACCAGUAUGUCAUGUCCAUCGUUAUUAUGCUUAAUGCAAAAUUUCGGGAAAGGAUUCCAGUUUGGAGUUGCAUCAUUGAGCGUUCGGCUGAGUUUCCAGUUUUCUUUCGAAGAAUAUUGGGCCUUGUAUUGGACGUUGAACAAGUUACAUUAUUGGAACGGUCCGCAAUUAUUAUAUUCCUGAUCAAUUGCUUCAAUUCAGUGGCAAGAAGUGGAUUUAGUGAGGAAAGAGGUGUUGAAAAUAGUUUCACUUACAGUGUGAUUCAAAGGGAAGAUCUUUUCCAAGCAAACCCAAAAUUGCGAAAGAUAUGGAACAAGUUCGAAGCGAAGGCAGCUUCACAGACAGAUGAAGAAAAGAAAUUAUUAACUUUUGAACGUACAUUUAUGUGGAAAUUGUUGCAAAUUUUCAAGCAGACGUUGACAGAUGUUGAUGAUGAAUCGAACGAAGUGGGAAUUGAUGGCAUACAUUUUCUGGAGCGUUGUUUGCAGUUAUUUAUUGAUCUGGAAGCUUUAUUAACCACAAGGCGUUUCUUUAAUGCUAUAUUACAUGCAAGUAACAUAUUGGUAAAUUGCACACUGUCUUCUUUGAUAACAGCCGAAGUUGGGGGGUUGUUUUGUCAACUUGUCACAAUGCUGAAGUUUUAUUCACGUUUCGAGAUCGACGAUGUUACUGGUGAGCCGCUCACGCAUAGCCAAAUGUCUGAAAUGCACUAUGCGCAUGUUAUGAAACUGCAGAAAGCUGCUUUCAAGUAUUUCAGAGAAAGUAUGACCGAUUUUUAUUUAUUAAAUGUCACUGCCGUCGAUACAAGGAAAGCUUUGGUAAAGCAAUUUUCAUCUAUGAGUGCAUCGGAACUGUAUAAAUUUGCAGAAUAUCUGCAUUUGGUACCUUCACAAGAACCCAGCUUAGAUAUUUCAUCGAAUUACGAAAAAAAUUAUCUCAUUGAAAUGAUCACAUUACGUUGUGAGCGACGCAUCAAUCAAUUACAGCAGCUCAAUGAACAACCACUUUAUCCAACCGAAAAAGUUAUUUGGGAUGAAAAUCUUGUACCAUAUGACCAAUAUAAUGGUGAAGGUGUGCUCGCAUUGAAUAAAUUGAAUAUCCAGUUUUUGACAUUCCAUGAUUAUUUACUUCGCAAUUUCAAUCUUUUUCAAAUGGAAUCAACAUAUGAAAUUCGUCAGGAUAUCGAGGACGCCAUAUUUCGUUUGAAGCCAUGGGCACAUGAAUCUAAUCCAAAUGAAACUGUUUGGGGUGGUUGGGCACGAAUGGCUUUGCCAUUAAUCGAAUUUCAGAUUGUCGAGGUUGGUAAGCCUCUUAUUGGUGAAAAAAGUCCAGCUGUUGUCAAAGCAGAUUUGACAAUCAAUUUACCAAGGCGAGCAGAUAUUCGUGCAGAAUGGGAAGGUCUUCGAAAGCACGAUGUUUGCUUUUUGAUUCGUUGUCAACCGAAAGCUUCAGUUGGUACCAAAUAUAAUAUUACAAAACCGUUCAAAGAGCAGAUCGAUGUUACACUGGUACGUGGAUGUGAAAUCGAGGGCAUGCUUGAUUCGGAAGGAAAAGUUAUUGAGGAAUAUGCUGCAUAUGAGAAAAAAACAGUACUGGAAGGAGCUACGAGAAAAUUUCGAGUAUGGCUUGAUGAAAAUCAGUAUCGCUUGGAUACCGAAGGACAGCAGGAAGAUGCGAUAGAUAAUAUUUAUUAUUCAUUCAAUUUACUCAUUCGUCGUGAUCCAAAAACAAAUAAUUUCAAAGCGGUGCUUGCAACAAUCCGACAAUUACUGAAUACGGAAUUCGUAGUGCCGGAUUGGUUACACGAUCUCAUUCUUGGCUACGGUGAACCACAUGCGGCUCAUUAUAAAUCAAUGAAUACUGCAGUGCCUACAGUGGAUUUCUGUGAUACUUUUUUAUCUUAUAAGCACUUGAUUUCAUCAUUUCCAAAUACGAAAAUCGUAGGGACAACAACAGUUGAUGAACACCUCGUUCCACCUUUCAGACUGACCUUCAAGGAAUUGGAACCACAACACAAUCUUGAACCAUCCAUUCGGGAUUCGUCGAUUGUUGUGGAACCGCACGUAAUACCUUGUCGUGGACCUUAUCCUCAUGUUGAACCGCGCAAAAAUACUAUACAAUUUACUCCAGCUCAGGUAGAAGCAAUCAAAGCAGGUAUGCAGCCUGGUUUAACGAUGGUUGUUGGUCCUCCAGGUACGGGUAAAACAGAUGUAGCAGUUCAGAUCAUCUCUAAUAUUUAUCAUAAUUGGCCUGAACAGCGGACACUGAUUGUGACACAUUCUAAUCAAGCUCUUAAUCAACUUUUCGAAAAAAUUAUUCAAUUAGAUGUUGAUGAGCGCCAUUUGCUUCGCUUAGGUCACGGUGAAGAAGCUUUGGAAACGGAAAAAGACUUCAGUAGAUAUGGUCGUGUAAAUUAUGUCCUGCAGAAACGACUUGACCUUUUGAAAGAGGUUGAGAAGUUGCAAGAAGCUCUCGAUGUUGGAGGUGACGUAUCUUACACGUGCGAAACUGCUGGAUAUUUCUUUCUUUAUCAGGUAUUCGCACGUUGGGAAAAAUUUGAAAGUGAUGUUGCUCAAUCGAAAGCAAAUCCAAAUCCUAGUGCGAAAGCAGUUGCGGAUCAUUUCCCCUUUACGAGAUAUUUUACCGAUGUUCCACCACCGCUGUUCAAGGGUGUUUCCUUUGAUGAAGACUGGGAAAUUGCUCAAGGCUGUUGGCGGUAUAUUCGUGGUAUUUUCACUCAGCUGGAAGAAUUUAGGUCUUUCGAGUUGCUACGUUCAGGCAGGGACCGUACGGAUUAUCUUUUGGUAAAGGAAGCCAAAAUUAUUGCUAUGACUUGCACUCAUGCCGCUUUACGACGAAAAGACUUGGUAGAACUUGGUUUCAGAUAUGACACUAUUUUAAUGGAAGAAGCUGCUCAAAUUCUUGAAGUUGAAACAUUUAUUCCACUUCUGCUUCAGAACCCUCAAGAUGGUAGGAGCAGGUUAAAGCGAUGGAUCAUGAUUGGUGACCAUCAUCAGCUGCCGCCGGUUGUUCAGAACAUUGCUUUUCAAAAAUAUUCUAACAUGGAACAGAGCCUGUUUGCGAGAUUUGUUCGACUUGGUGUUCCACAUGUCCUGCUUAAUCAGCAGGGUCGUGCUAGAGCUGAGAUAGCAGAUCUUUAUAAUUGGCGAUAUGAACAGUUGGGUAACUUGCCGCAUAUUGAAGCUUUUCCAGAGUUCCAGCGCGCAAAUUCUGGAUUCGCAUUCAAUUAUCAACUUAUCGACGUCCCAGAUUUCAAUGGUAUUGGUGAAACUACUCCGAGCCCUUACUUUUAUCAGAAUCUCGGCGAAGCAGAAUACGCUGUAGCACUGUUCACCUACAUGCGUAUUUUGGGUUACCCUGCAGAAAAAAUAUCAAUUAUAACAACCUACAAUGGCCAAGCAUCUUUGUUACGUGAUGUUGUGCAGACACGAUGUGCUGGAAAUCCGUUAAUUGGAGUACCACACAAGAUUUCGACAGUUGACAAAUAUCAGGGACAGCAGAAUGAUUACAUCAUUCUUUCACUUGUAAGGACGAGAAACAUUGGUCACUUAAGGGAUGUUCGUCGUUUAGUUGUGGCUCUUUCUCGAGCACGUUUAGGUCUUUAUGUAUUGGGACGAGUCAGUUUGUUCCAAAAUUGCCUUGAGUUUGCAACUGCAUUUCAGCGGUUAUGCAAAUAUCCACAAAAACUAAUGAUAAUACCUCAUGAAACAUAUGCAAUGUCUCGGAAGAAUGGUGAACCCCCGCCAUCCAAACCAGUUCAGAUCCAAGAUACGGUUCAUAUGUGCACAUUCGUCCACCAGUUCUACAUGAGUAAUAUGGAAAAGAUGAAGGCAAGCUAUAAAGAGCACAUGAAGGAUUAUUUCGAUGCUCGUCAGGCUGCAAUUAAUGCGCGAUUGGCAGCAGAAGCGGCUGCGAAAGCUGCUGAAGAAGCAAAAACUGAAGAAGAAAAGGGAGUACCAGAACCGAUUGCAAUGGAAGCGGAAGAAUCGAACAUUACUUUCGAAAGUAUGGAUUUUGAAAGACAAGACCCAGAAAAGCUGGGAAAGUAGGGGUUUGCUAACAUUAAUUCUGUAUCUCACCAAAGGAUUUCUUUGUAUAAUACUUACUGUUAAGAAAGAAGGGAAUGGAUAAAAAUUGUUUUAUGAUGGAUUUUUUUACUGAGCUUUGUUGAUGUUUUGACUCAUCUGUAUAGAAAUUUGAAUUUUCCCGGUGCAUGUUGUCAGUUGUUUCUCUUCAUGAUUUGUUACGCGUUUAAUUUUCUGAUAUUUUGG